AGACUAACAGCACAUAGAAAUGCUAUUCAUUUAGGAACCGACAAGGAUGACUAAAUUUUUGCAUAACGUUUCAGAUAACAGCUCGUAAAUCUAAAAAGGAAACAGAGAGGAAUCGGCGCAGCGUGUUGCUGGUGACCAAGCGCGCGCGCCUCCAUUUAGCUUACCGUUUCUUCUCACCUCUCCAAAACGUGUUCUAGCUGUUUUAGCUCUUUGUGUGUGUUCAUACCGUGUAAUUAUCAACCCUACAGCUCCUUCGCGGAAGCUUCUGCCGCUCUGCUCUGCUGCAUUUCGCUGUCCUUUCCAUUCUGAAGGACGCGUCAGGGUUGCAGCCCGUAGAUCUCCACUGUUCAUGUAGGAUGCAGCCCGCCGCCUGGUGACAAACCUGCGGUCAGCAUCGCUUUAAGCCCACCUACCUGCUGCACCUCCUCUCUACCGCUGACUGAGGAGUCGUGAAGAACAUCCCACCCGGAUCUCUUAUUAACGACCUCUCCGUCUCAUCUGCAGCAAGGCAUCCCGCACAGCAGAGCCCUAACAGAAAUCACAGAAAUGGAGCAAGUUGAUGUGAGCCAAAACAAAAUGGAGGAGGAUGGACCAAGCCGUGGAGCAGAGGGAUCGUCAGCACCUUCAGGCCAGGACGCAGGCACUGAUUCAGGCGCCGGCCAACCUCCGGCGCCUCCAAGACCUCGGCGGCCCCAGAGAACUGCCAGGGUUGAGGGAUCUGUAGAUAUUUCAGAACCUGGAGUUGAACCCAACACAGAAGUCGGUCCAUUAAUGAACCAGAAUCAGAGCUCUCCUGACGGCGCUGUGGUAAGUCACACCAAACCGCGCCCUGUUGGCGAGCACACCGGGCCAAGCAUUAAGGCAGGUCCAAAGGGUCCAGGUCACCACCCGGUCAGAGCAGCCUCCAUGCCCCAGCCACCUGUCCCCUCCCACCUGAACCCGCAUGCACAGAGAGCCCUGUCUGUGGCCGGCACUGCUGACACUCAGCCCCAGACUCUGGAGGACUUCAGGCUGCACAUCAUCACCUGGAACGUGGGCUCCGCCACGCCGCCCGAUGACAUCACCACUCUGCUGGGACUGAACGUGGGGGACGGAAACACUGACAUGUACAUCAUAGGGCUGCAGGAAGUGAACUCCAUGAUUAACAAAAGACUCAAAGAUGUCCUCUUCACAGACCAGUGGAGCGAGGUCUGCAUGGAGAGACUGAGCCCCUUUGGUUAUGUGCUGGUGACAUCCCAGCGAAUGCAGGGCCUGUUACUGCUGGUUUUUGCCAAAUACUUCCAUCUGCCUUUCCUCCGUGGAGUCCAGACAGAGACCACCCGCACAGGGCUGGGGGGUUACUGGGGCAAUAAAGGUGGUGUUAGUGCCCGAAUGAUGGUGUUUGGCCACAGCAUCUGCUUUCUGAACUGUCACCUCCCUGCUCACAUGGAAAACCACGACGAGCGCAUGGAGGACUUUGAGAGCAUCUUGCAGCAGCAGCAGUUUGAGGGCCAGACAGCCACCGGUGUUCUGGAUCAUGAUCUUGUGUUCUGGUUUGGAGAUCUCAAUUUCCGCAUUGAAGACCUGGAAAUCCAAGCUGUAAAAUCAGCCAUAGACAACAACAAGUUCCCCAUGUUGUGGGAGAAGGAUCAGCUAAACAUGGCCAAAGACAGUGAGACGGUAUUGGAAGGAUUUCACGAGGGGCCGUUGAAAUUUCCCCCCACCUACAAGUUUGAUGUUGGAACAAACACAUAUGAUACAAGUGGGAAGAAGCGUAAACCAGCUUGGACUGACCGGAUCUUGUGGCGCCUUAGGGCCACAGCGCCAGCUGCUCAAAAUGUGGGGAAGCGUGGUUCGAUUUCAGGACUGAUCAGCGGGAUCAAAGUGACACAGCACUGCUACCGAAGCCACAUGGAGUACACCGUCAGCGACCAUAAACCAGUGUCGUCCAUCUUUACCCUGCAGUUCCCAUACAGGGUGGACAUUUCUUUGGUCACUCUGAUAGUAGAGGAUGAGUGGAACAGUGUUGAAGAUGCGAAGGUGAUAUUCAAAGUGGUGCCCAACUUCUCUCGCAGCUCAUGGGACUGGAUCGGAUUGUACAAGGUGGGUUUCAAGCACCAUAAAGAUUACGUUGGAUAUGUGUGGGCAAAGCAGGAUGAGUCUGAUUUUCUCCGACAGGAACAUGAGGUAACCUUUACAGAGGAGGAAUUACCCAAAAGCUCAGGGGACUUUAUCUUGGGUUACUAUAGCAACAACAUGAGCACCAUUGUAGGUGUAACAGAGCCAUUUCAGAUCCAGCUACCCACUGUCGACCACGAGAGCAGCUCUUCAGACAGCUCUGAGUUCAGCUCAGAAGACGAUAGCACCGUUGUCAUGAAGAUGAGGUCACGCAGUCCAAGUCCACAUAAGGGCAAACGCUGCGGGCACCGGAGCGGCAGCCGCAGUCACUCUGGGAGUCGCUCCAGCAGCCCUGCAGAGUCCAAGGUGAAGGCACUCAGCAUUACCGACGGGGCCGCUGCAGGGAGCGGGUCUGUUGGACGCCCAGCAGAGGGCAGCAGUAACCAGGCGUCUGAUUCCGGGAAAACAGACAAAAAAGCGAAGGCUUCAGGAAUGUGAGGGUGUUUUUACAGAUUACAUAACCAACUGUUGUGUCUUUAUUUCAUACAUUCAGCGCUCUGUAUGUUUUCUGUGCAGAAAAUAUACAGUUUAUAUUGCCAUCUUUUUCAGGAAUAGUCAUCUGGUUUGUCAGAUGGUUCUACUUGGCCUUGAGUAAUUUUAUUAAGCUGUGCACUUGGCAUGUUUUAUUUAUUUUCUAAACCUUUCACUCUGUCAGUGUUUUCUCUACCUUUGUCCGUUCUCAGGUGUAGACAGUACAGGAAGCUGACAACCUGCUUUAAGAUUUACUCGCAGAUCACAGUUCUAAAGCAAUCAGUCAUCACUAUCACAGCACAAUUUGAUGUAUCAAGAAGUUGGCUCUGAGUAGUGAAAAUAAACAAGGUGACAUUUAUGUAUUCUGGAACAGGUAGGCCUGAUAGAAGUGAAUUCAAACUGUGUACAGUGUCUUACCAAAGUAUUUUUUUACUCCUAAAAAUUGUAAACAUUUUAUCACAUUACGACAUUAAAUUAUGGGAUUCUAUGGGAUUAUGGGAUUCUACCUUUGCAAAGUAGUCCUUAUUAGUGUUUUUACAAAUCCAAAUUUUAAUCACACUAAAAAAACAACAUUUUAAUAAACAGCUUUUUCAAUGCAAUGCAACAGAUGAAAGUCUUCUUGCACAUGUAGAUGCUAAAUACUUUGUCAAUUCUUUCCAAAAAUCGAGCUCUGUCAAAACAUGUCAAGUCUCGGCAUAGAGUUUAAACAUGCAGUCAGAAUUUGGAUGCAGACAUGAAUACGAUUCAAACAUAAAUCACAGAUGCAGACCUUCAGGAAUAAAGCCAGCAGUGUAGGACAACAGGAGUUUUGAUGCACCUGCAUCAAUUUUAAGACUAUAAAUAAAAUCCUCUUUUUGUUUUGCUUUUUUAAAAUCUAUUAAUAAAGGAUGAUGGAUUAAUGAUACUCUUGAUAACUUAUAAAAUGCAGACCUUUUAAAAUUCAGACUUGUAAAUUCCUCCUCUUCAUCACUGCAUCAUUCCAUUGACAUGUAAACCCAUUUUACCCCUAUAGAAGUCAGGUAAAUGCCUUCCUUAAUAAGUCAGGAUCAAAUGGAGGCAGACUGACUACCCCAAUUGCUGUCCAUUUACAAAACUUUAAGGUGACAAAAAGAGGAAGCUCUGUCCUGAUCUCUAUUCUUUUGCUGCCUCUAAGAGGUUUUCCUUUGGGAUAUAAAUUCCCUCUAGUUUUCCUGUUUCUGCUGAUUAAAUUCACCGCCAUAGUAUCAUGAUAAGGGUUUUAUCAUUUCACGUUCACAGAUGUUCAGGAUGGCGUACCAUUUUUGUUUUUAUCCACACAGCAUGCUAUAUGAAGACCACAAGAUUUGGAUCUCAUAACCUGAGUUCCUACUUCCUCAUGUUUGCAGUGUAUCCCUGCAUAUAUUUUAGUUUUUACAUAGGGUACGUUUCCAUUCUUUCAAAAUGAUAACUUUUUUCCCACUUUUUAAAUCAGCCUAGACCUGUAGCGUCCAUAAGGGAUACCUGUCCCUUCAAUAUAUUCUCAGUGAGACCUGUGCUGUGGAAGCCUGUAGCCUGUCCUCCAGAGUUACCAUGGGCCUCUGGGAUGCUUAUCUGAUAAAUGCUCUCUUUAUCCCACCUGUCAGUGUCAGAGGAUGGCUUAAACAUAAGUUUGAGUGCAUCAACCAUGGCGUUUUACACUUUUGGUUGAGGGUUUAAACAGUGCUCUAUAAACUGAUCCAAACAUCUUUAGCUUUAUCCCUGACUGUCUGCUCUAUUCCUUGGUCUUUAAUGAUACUUACAGAUAUUUACUGUUCUAUAAUACACAUUUGAGACUAUGACUUUACCUCCACCUCGCAAUCAUUAGGGAUGUCUGUCACAUAAAAUUCCAGUAAAAUACACUAAAAUACUUUUGCAAGGCACUGCAUUAACUCCUUGCCAGUCUGAAGUGGGUCAUUCAGGUGUGGGAAUGAAAAACCAGGUACAGGACUUAGUUUCAACCUUUGCAUUUCUAUUUCAAGGACAUAGAUGGGAAUCAAUUGCUUAGUUAAAUGAACAAAUGAAGGGAAACAAGGCUGGCUUUUUACUUUCUGGACCUCAAUUGUCCACCUCUGCUCAUGUUACCCGUUACUGUACAGCGGAAGCUGUAUAACUUGGCUUGCCAUGCAGAUAAUCCCCUGCUUUGAUCAGUCAGUUCAUUAAGAUGUUGCACAAUUAUGCAGGGAGCCGUUUAUAAGAAAUGUGCAUUUCCUAGGUGCGUUAAGAACAGGGAAGAACCAAAGUGAGUCUGGAGCAAAGGUUCUGGAAGCCCUCAGAUGCACAACAUGUGCUAGUCUGAGGAGUAAGAAGUGCGCACCAGAAGUGAGCACCUUUAAAUAGUCGCCAUAUGUGUGGGUGGUGGUGUCGGCUGUCGCAGCACAGCUGCCUCGCCAGAACUGAUUGAGUAACUCUCGGCUGGGCCUGCACUACCAAGUCACAACAAUAUCUGAGCUGAUCCUGUGUGACUUUUUUUUUUUUCCCUGGACACAACUUCCUCAUAUAAUUCAUUUUUUUGGGUUUGUUUUUAAGUCUGUAUUAAAAAAUAAAACACAACAACAUGUAAAUCAGGACGAUUCCCAAAGUUUAUGUUAAUGUAUUUAGCAGACGCAUUUAUCCAAAGCGACUUACAAAUUAGGCCUAAUGACCCACACUGGGUGGGGGGGGGGGGGGGGGGGGGGGGGGGGCGUCUGAAAGGAAGAUUUUUUUCAGAAAUCACUGUUAUGUGAACCCUGUAAUGUAAAGUAGGCCAAAUGAAACUAAAUCAAGUAAAUAGAUAUAUCAAUAAAUGUAAAUGUCACAAAAAACUAUUUAAUGACCCAUGUAAUAUAAAUACUAAUUUCCUAUUAAAAAUUGCAUAUUUGAAUCAUUAUUUAAUUAUUAAAUAAUCUUCAAAUUAUAAAAUGCACAAAUAAUUGAUAUAGUUAUAUAUUAAAAUACAAAAAUCAAGCAAUUAAUUAUAUUUUUAAUUCAUUUAAAAAUACUUUUUUUUGUUGUAUGUACUGUAUAAAGUUAAUAAACAUUUUUUUAGGGGUUUUUGUCAGUCUCAUGCACUACUAUUUUUGGGGUCACAGGCUGAAAUUUUGGGAGCCCUCCUGAUUCAAAUCAUUUUCAAAUCAUCAGUUUUUGGCUCAGACUAUAAAGUUUAAUUUGGAUCAAUUCACUGAAGUGGGCAUGAAAUUUCAAGGAUUAAUCUGCUAGAGUAUCUCAUUGUACUUUUAGGUCUCAUCAUUUAACACCACAGUGGGAGUACAAAGGAUGAAAUGACUUAAUGCUUUAUUUUAUUAAAAAAUUUCUGUAUUUCUCAGAUCUGUCUCCCAUUGAUGGUAUCACUAAGACCAUAACAGUAGUCUCAGUCAUGGUGUUUCAUAGUUACUGUGAUCUCUGAUGCAUCGUUAUAGACGUGUAACUUUGAGGCUGUUAGAGUAGGACCGUGCCGUGGCCGUAACUCCUGUAUGUCCAUAGUUAGCUGUCUAUGUAUGUGUUAUUUCUGAAAGCGUGUGUGUGUGUGUGUUUGUGUGUUUUAAAUGAUGGAUGGAUGAGUUACAGAAGCGGUGAAUGGGACCAGGGCUGUACCUGCAUGGUUUGCUGCUGGACAUACUGUACAUUCCGGUACUGUUGUUUUUUUUUUGUGCCGUAAAGUGCUGUUUUUGACUCCUCUUUGUCAUAUAUUUGUGACUGUGAAAAUUCUUAGAAGAAAUGUGGUGAGGACAGGAUACAUUUCUGACUUCAAUAUUAGAUGUAAGUUUAAGAAAUAACGAGUAGAUAUCCUCAGAAAAAAUAAGAGAUGAAAUGAAUCUUUCAUGUAUUUUCCAGAUUUUUGAAACUGAUUAAAAAAACAACUUGACAUUUGUUUGACAUGAAAAAUGAUUGUCCAGGUUUAGAUAAUUUAGAUAUGUUCAGUAGUGCAUUCAUGAUUUGUGACUAUUGUGAAAUGUCUGCUGAAUCUUACCUGUUUGGUAAUUGUGUAGAUUGAAUAUAGAAAAUAUGAAGUAUGUGAAGAAAAAUCAUAGGUAUAAAUAUAUAUAUAAGAGACAAUCUAUAUCAUAAAGAUUAUUUUACUUAAAUUAUGUAUUUAUUUUCUUAUGUAACUUUUAAAUGAGCCUAAAUUCUGCUGGCCAGUGACAGAGCUUUAUUUCAGGGCAAAUAUUCAAAUUAUAUCUGAGAUUAUUUGUUUCUUUUUCUAAUAAAAGGAUUUAAUUGUUUCUAUAUUAGUAAAUGAAAACUCCAUUGUCAUGAGUGUAUAUGGUUUAAUCUACACGUGGUUUAAUAAUUGAUAAAGUAAUAUGAAGUAAAUGAUUAUAAUUUAUGUUGAUGAUCUAUAAAGUAGUUUUUUCUCUGUUCAAGUCUGGGCUCAAAGCAUUUAGUAGAUUGUUUAUGGUUUUCUUGCUUUGUUCUCUAACCCCUAUCUAGUCCAACACUGUUCAAAGGAAUAAAGUGUGAUAUUUUAA